AUGAGCUCCCUGGUCAGCACCUCGCACCUCCAGCUAGCCGCCUUUGCCCUGGGGACGGUAGGCUGGAUCCUGUGCACCGUCUCGAUGGGAAUUGUGGAAUGGAGAGUGUGGCACGUGGACAACACCACCAUCAUCUCCUCUGGCAUUGCCUGGGUGGGGAUUUGGAAAGUCUGUUUCAUCAGUUACCUUCACGUCUCGCCUGGCUAUAAAGAACAGUUCUGCCAUAAAUUCAGUGGCUAUGACUCCUCCAUCCCCCACGAAAUUUAUGCUGCUCAGGGUCUCCUGUUGAUCGCCAUGUUCAUGGGCUUGCUGGGCCUGACUGCCACAAUAUUUGCUCUGAGAAACAUUUGUAUGGGAAUCACUCACAAAACUCUCAUCACCCGUUUCUUCCUGGUGGGUGGCUUCUUCUAUGUAUUCGCUGGUCUGUGUGUCCUAAUUCCUGUGAGCUGGAAUUUCUAUUCUGUAAUGCACAACCAGAGCAUCGCUUUUCCUCCUUCUUCCUACAUGCCCUCCAGCCCAGCGGCGCAGGAAGCUGGUGCUGCCAUUCCUAUCGGGAUUGUAGCUGUCAUCCUCCUGCUGCUAAGUGGGACUUUUUCUCUCUCGUACAGAUUGCCGGUGACUGCAAACACUAUCACAAAAUUCUGA